GCCAGCUUUACCUGCUGAAUUAAAGACCGCAUGGAGGACAACAUCAGCCCAGUGCUCGCUACCCCUGGGACACUGUCAACAUAAGGACACAUAAUGAUUUGCUAGCAAUAAGCCACACCCUUGACUGACAGGAAGACUAAUAUAUUGGGCCGUUCGCUCACCAUUGCUUUGCUUUCUUCCAGGAAUAUUCCGGCAGGAUGCGUGCGCUCUUCACCGGGGGUCUGCUCUGGGCCCUGCUGCAGAUCGGGACCUCGCUCUUUCUGGGGGCCUUCAACAUCAAAUCCUUUGGGGACAAAAAGGCGUCCAACUCCACCCUGAUGGACAUCAUAAGCACAAUUGUCCAUCGCUAUGACAUCCUUCUCAUCCAGGAAGUCAGAGACAGUGAUCUGUCUGCAACCAAACUCCUCAUGGAUCACGUGAACCAGGGGCCAGGCCAGUACAGCUACAUAGUGAGUGAACCUUUGGGUCGCAGCACGUACAAGGAGAGAUACCUUUUCCUCUACAGGGAGGAUACUGUCUCCGUAGUGAAGAACUACACAUACGAUGAUGGCUGCGAGCCAUGUGGUACAGACAUCUUCAAUAGAGAACCUUUUGUUGUCAUGUUCUCUUCCAGAAACAGCGGUGGGAGCUUUGUCCUGAUCCCUCAGCACACCUCACCCGACUGGGCCAUCAAAGAGGUGGACGCCCUCUACGAUGUGGUGAACGAUGUCCGCACUCGAUGGCACACUGACGAUAUCCUGCUCCUGGGCGACUUCAAUACAGGCUGCAGCUACGUUACGGGCAAAGACUGGGAGACGAUUCGCCUUUUCACCGAUAAGAGCUUCCAGUGGCUCAUCUCAAAUGAUGUGGACACCACCGUGUCUCAGAGCAACUGCCCCUAUGACAGGAUUGUGGCCACAGCGGACAUGCUGAAAAGAGUGGUACUCGGUAGUGCUGCGGUCUAUAACUAUAUGGUGGACCUCCACCUCAGCCACAGCCUGACCUUGGCCGUGAGCGACCAUUACCCUGUGGAGGUGAGGCUGACCGCCGGCCCUCCGUCAGGCCCUCCGUCCGGCCCUCCGUCCGGCCCUCCGUCCGGCCCUCCGUCAGGCCCUCCGUCAGGCCCUCCGUCAGGCCCUCCGUCCGGCCCUCCGUCCGGCCCUCCCUCCGGCCCUCCGUCCGGCCCUCCCUCCGGCCCUCCGUCCGGCCCUCCGUCCGGCCCUCCGUCCGGCCCUCCGUCCGGCCCUCCGUCCGGCCCUCCGUCCGGCCCUCCGUCCGGCCCUCCGUCCGGCCCUCCGUCAGGCCCUCCGUCAGGCCCUCCGUCCGGCCCUCCGUCCAAUAACCGAUUACAUAGUUAUUAA